CGUAGAACCAGACUCUUGAGAGUACUCUCUGAGAAGAAGUGCUAUAUCCAGAACCGCAUAAACCUCAUCUUCAUCGAUCAUCAUCCAUUCCUCAAACUCACUGCGACGUUCUCUCUCUGUCCAACAGAAAAAUGGCGCUCAAUCUUACCAACUCCUUCCUCCAAAGCAGACUCUGUCCUCCAUCUCUAUCCUCCAAGAAGGUUCCAGGACCGAGGAAUUGCCGGCCUUCGGUGGUGACGUGCAGGAAGAAGGACAUCCACCCGGAGUUCUACGAGGACGCGAAGGUGUACUGCAACGGAGAGCUGGUGAUGACCACUGGUGGGACCCAGAAGGAGUACGUCGUCGAUGUCUGGUCGGGAAACCACCCCUUCUACCUCGGAAACCGCUCCGGCGUCCUGGUCGACGCCGACCAGGUCGAGAAGUUCCGGAAGAAGUUCGGUGAGCUUUCCCAGAUUAUGGAGAUUCCGGUCCUCAAGGGAGAGAUUGUGCUUCCGCCCAAGCGCAAGGGCACUGGCAAGGGCAAGAAGAAGUAGAUAGAGCUUCCCAUUCUUAUACUUCGCCAGGUAACCAGAAGUUUUCGAGAAAAAGAUAAAAGUUGGGAGUUUUCUGGGUUUUUGUGGCUUUGUGCUGUUGAUUUGUCGGCACACGUUUAUUUAAGCUAUAAGGAGUAUGCCUAUCAUCUGAUUGUUAAUAUGCCUCAAUUGACAUAGAUUGUAGAGUUGCUUAACUUGGGGAAAGGAAGGCAAUAGAAUUUGAUGAGUAAUUUCUAUGUGGAAUGAAAUCGAUUCUUUUGUUCAA